ACCCCAUUCAUAUCCGUAUCGUGAAAGUAAUGUCAUUAAAACCGUUUCCAAAAAUACUAUUAAACAACUAAUUAUUUCCAAUUAAUUAUUUCCAUUUCCAUAACACACACACCGUAACAGAAAAAUCACAACCGAUUAUAAAAACACCAGUUACUGAAAAAGAAGCCAUAGUUAUCUCAAUUCGGUAGAUUUUGUUUUAUUCAGAAGAAGAAGCCAUGGCUGAUUCAUCCAACCUCAAAUCUGAAGCCAUUAUCGACUUGAUGAAGCAACAUUUCAGCACCGAUGCUGGCAAACAACUCGUCAAGAAAAUUGGACUUGUUUACCAGUUUCAAAUUGCUCCUAAGAAACUUGGAGUCGAUGAAGUUUUCUAUACUGUUGAUCUCAAGAAAGGAGAGGUUACCAAAGGGGCAUAUGAAGGUGGAAAGCCAGAUGCAACUUUUUGCUUUAAAGAUGAAGACUUUGUUAAGCUUGCAAUGGGAAAGCUGAAUCCUCAGAUGGCUUUCAUGAGAGGUGCGAUGAAGAUUAAGGGAAGUUUGAGUGCCGCUCAGAAAUUUACUCCCGAUAUCUUCCCAAAGCCUUCCAAGUUGUGAGCACUGAGCAGAGAUGUCUGUUAUAAAGCAAUCAAUAAAAAUAUAUAACCCGAGGGGGGUAUAUCUAUAGUUUAAUACAACCAAUUUCAAGAGAAAAUAGUAAUGGAAAAUAGUGCUUUGGAAAUCUUUCAAAUGACUUUUAUAAUACUGUCUGUAAUUGUAUGUUUCAAGUUUUAAAGUAGUUGAUCAUUUAUCAUGUUAA